AUGCUUACAUCCAAGUCCUAUUUGGGCUUGCGAGGUCAGGGUCUCUCGCACGCCAUUGGAGUGGCAGCUGGGCUGUGCUUUUUCAUCUAUGGCUACGGUCAAGGUAUAUCAAGCGCCUAUCUCAUCAUUGAUAGCUUUGGCAAAGAAUUUCCUCCCGCACACGCUACUCUGGACACCGGCCUUACACGAGCGGUCACGUCGGGAUUUACCAUUGCAAUCUGGAAUUUGGGAUGCUUCUGCUCUGCUAUCCUCACUGUCUUCAUCGGCGACCGUUUGGGACGUAGGAACAUGGUUUUCGGUGGUCUCAUAUUCCUCAUCGUAGGAGAGAUCAUACAAUGUUCCGCUUUUAYGUGGGGACAGCUUUUGGCUGGUCGAUUCAUAUCCGGAUUUGGUCUGGGAUUCAACUGUGCUACAAUCCCGGCGUGGCAGGCCGAGUGUACCAAGGCGUAUCGGCGAGGUACUGUCCUCAUGAUCUCUGCUGGAGUCUCGAUUGCAGGUGGCAUGGCCUUUGCUUAUUGGGUUGCAUUCGGAUUCAGAUUCUUGGAUCCUAGUACUGCUUCCUGGAGAGUCCCCAUCGGUCUCCAGAUAAUCUGGGCUGUUAUGGCUUUUGUCAUCAUGAUUUUCAUGCCUGAGAGUCCUCGGUGGUUGAUUCUCAACGGCCGUGAAGGCGAAGCGCUUGAGGUCCUCUCCGCGCUGAAUGAUCUCUAUAUAGACGACAACGAGAUUCACCAAGAGUUCCUCCAGAUCAAGGAUGCAGUCAUUGAGAUGUCUCAAGGAUCAUUUACCAACAUGUUCCGCAUGGGCGAUUACCGAGACGGCCACAGGGUGGUACUCGCAGUCGUACUACAGGCCUGUCAGCAGCUCUGCGGGAUCAACUUCAUGACGCAGUAUUUUUCGGCCAUGUUCGCGAAUCAAUAUAAAUGGAUGCCACCAUAUGCUCCGGCCUGGAACGCAGCGAUUCUGGCAGCCGGCGCUGGAACCAUCUUCUUCCUAGCGUCCUUCAUCUCGGUCUUUUGCAUUGAUCGCGUAACCGGUCGUCGUGGGUUGAUGCUGUUUGGCACCAGUGGAAUGCUGUUCUCCAUGACUAUUCUGACCAUCAUGCUGUGGAAGAACACUCGUGCCUCGCUCGACGCCGGCACUGCGUUCAUUUUCAUUUUCACCACGUGCUAUGCCAUCGGAUGGCAGGGUAUGAGCUGGAUCUACCAAGUCGAGAUUGUACCGCUGAGGAUCAGAGGACCUGCCAAUGCCCUCUCAACAGCCUCCAACUGGCUCGCAAACUUCAUCGUUACAUUCAUUGGACCUGUUGCUUUUACGGCUUUGACGUGGAAGUCAUACUUGAUCUUCGUCUGCACAAAUGCCGUAAUCCUCCCCAUAAUUUAUUUCCUAUAUCCCGAAACAUCUCUGCGCUGCCUCGAAGAGAUGGACUCUAUCUUCCACGCGGCCAACUCUUCUCCACACCCCUGGCUGGACGUCAGGAAGAUUGCGGUGAAUGAGCCACUCUGGUACGGCAAGGAUGCGGAGUGCCUUUACGACUACGAGGCCAGUGAGUGGCACCAGCGACACGUGAGAUUCUCCGAAGAGGUCAAGAAUGAUGCCGGCGAGGGCUCAACGUUGCGCCCAAGUAAUGAAGGCCAAGCUACCGACAAGAUGUCCCAUGGCAGUCUCCCAGGCUUAUCACCUGAAGAAGACGUUGCUCGACGUACGAGGUUUGGCAGUGGAAGUGAGAGUGACAUUACUGCGGUUUCUCGAUCUAGGUCGAGCAGUGUGAGUCAAAAGCGAUGA